AUGGAGGGCGCGAUGGCAGUGCGGGUGACGGCCGCUCUUACGGCAGAAGCCCGGACCGAAGCCGGGCAUGAAGCGGGCGAGGGCGAGGUCGCGGCGGCGGCGGCGGCCUUGGCCCCCGGCGGCUUCCUCGGCCUCCCGGCGCCCUUCAGUGAGGAAGAUGAAGAUGACGUGCACAGAUGUGGCCGCUGCCAGGCGGAGUUCACUUCCUUGGAGGACUUCGUUCAGCACAAGAUUCAGAAGGCCUGCCAGCGUACCCCACAGGAGGCUCUGCCCCCCACCCCUGCUGCCACUGCAGGGCUGGGCCAGGAGGUGGUGCCCACAGCAGUGGAGGCUGGUCCAGAGGAGCCCAUCACUGUGGCCCACAUUGUGGUGGAGGCUGCCUCUCUGGCAGCAGACAUCAGCCAUGCUCCGGACCUUGUUGGUAGUGGACACAUCAAAGAGGUCAUUGUGGCUGCUGAAGCAGAGCCAGGGGAUGGUGAGAUGGCAGAAGCCCCAGGCAGCCCUAACCAUCAGGAGCUUGGGCUUGCUGGGGAGAGUGAGCAGGCCCAGGUUAAACUUCUGGUGAACAAGGAAGGUCGUUAUGUGUGCAUGCUGUGUCACAAGACCUUCAAAACGGGUAGCAUCCUUAAGGCCCACAUGGUCACUCACAGUAGCCGCAAAGACCAUGAGUGCAAGCUCUGCGGGGCCUCCUUUCGGACCAAGGGCUCGCUUAUCCGCCACCACCGGCGGCACACAGAUGAGCGCCCUUAUAAGUGUGCCAAGUGUGGAAAGAGCUUCCGGGAGUCAGGCGCCCUAACCCGGCAUCUCAAAUCUCUCACCCCGUGCACAGAAAAACUCCGCUUCAGCAUGAGCAAGGAUGCAGUUGUGGGCAAAGAGCCCAUGCCCACAGGAUCCAGUGCCUCCACUGUGGGGACAGUUACAGCAUCGUCUGUGACAGGCGAGCCCAUGGAGACAUCACCCGUGAUUCAUCUGGUGACAGAUGCUAAGGGCACAGUCAUCCACGAAGUCCAUGUCCAGAUGCAGGAGCUGCCCCUGGGCAUGAAAGCCCUGGCUCCAGAGCCACCAGGCCCUGAGGAGCUUCCCUGUUCCAGUGAGGGCAGCCGGGAGAACUUGCUGCAUCAGGCCAUGCAGAAUUCUGGCAUUGUCCUUGAGCGGGUCACUGGGGAAGAAGGGGCUUUGGAGCCAGGCCCUUCCUCUGAAUCUAGUCCCCAGGCCCUGGGAGACGGACCUCCAGAACUGCCCCUGAUAAAGGUGGAGCAGAUGGAGACACAGGUGACCAGUGAGGCCUCAGCUGUGCCCAGGACCCACCCUUGCCCUCAGUGCAGCGAGACUUUCCCGACAGCAGCUACCCUUGAGGCCCAUAAGCGAGGCCAUGAAGGGCCGAGGCCGUUCCCCUGCACACAGUGUGGCAAGGCCUUCCUCAAGGCCUACCUGCUCAAGAAGCACCAGGAGGUGCACGUGCACGAGCGCCGCUUCCGCUGUGGCGACUGCGGGAAGCUCUACAAGACCAUCGCCCACGUGCGCGGCCACCGGCGUGUCCACUCAGAUGAGCGGCCAUUCCCUUGUCCCCAGUGUGGCAAGCGCUACAAGACUAAGAAUGCCCAGCAAGUGCACUUCCGGACACACCUGGAGGAGAAGCCGCACGUGUGCCAGUUUUGCAGCCGAGGCUUCCGGGAGAAGGGCUCGCUGGUGCGGCACGUGCGGCACCAUACGGGCGAGAAGCCCUUCAAGUGCUACAAGUGCGGCCGAGGCUUCGCUGAGCAUGGCACGCUGAACCGGCACCUGCGCACCAAAGGGGGCUGCCUGCUGGAGGUGGAGGAGUUGCUUGUGUCUGAGGAGAGUCCCUCGAUGGCUGCCACUGUGCUUUCAGAAGACCCCCAUACUGUGCUGGUGGAGUUCUCAUCUGUGGUGGCUGACACCCAAGAGUACAUCAUCGAGGCCACUGCAGAUGACACAGAGACCAGCGAAGCCACAGAAAUCAUUGAAGGCACCCAGACGGAGGUGGACAGCCACAUCAUGAAGGUGGUGCAGCAGAUAGUGCACCAGGCCAGUACCGGACACCAGAUCAUUGUGCAGAACGUGACCAUGGACCAGGAGGCAGCACUGGGCCCAGAGGCUGCUGCUGCCGACACCAUCACCAUUGCCACUCCUGAGAGCCUGACAGAACAGGUGGCCAUGACGUUGGCUUCAGCUAUCAGCGAGGGCACCGUGCUGGCAGCCCGUGCAGGCACAAACAGUACUGAGCAGGCCACUGUGACAAUGGUGUCAUCGGAGGACAUAGAAAUCCUUGAGCAUGGAGGCGAGCUAGUCAUUGCCUCACCUGAAGGCCAGCUGGAGGUGCAGACAGUCAUCGUAUAACGUGGAGGCCUGUGGGGUCCCGGCUGGGCUGGGGCAGGGCAAGGGCAAGGACACUAAGUGCCUGCCUGGCCUGCACAGAAGACAGCUCAGAACUUCAGGUUUCCAAGGAAGAUGGGAAGUGUGAAUAUGUUGAAGCGAUUUUUUU